UUGUUUUAUUUGUGGUGUCUGAUGAGAAUCUUUUCUCUCUCUCUCCAGAUUGGGCUUAAGGCAUGUUGACAGAAAUGGAUACGAUGUCUUAUGUCACUGAGAUCAAGCUGAAUGGAGGCCGGGGGUGCUGGAGUGGAGUUGCUCCUUCCUCCUGCCCCGAGGUUGACCUGGAGGUCAUUGAGGAAUACCUGCAGGAGCAUUCCCUGGAGGUCCAGCCUGCUCACAUGCCCAUGACCACAAUGGGCCAACAAACGCACACACACUCCCACCGAGAUACCAGGAUCAUAGAAAAUAGCUGGUCAGGUCAGCAUGCAUAUAAGUGGCAUUGCGGUUCUCACACUCCUAACAAGGAAUACAAAGAGCUAGCGUCGCAUCCGGCCUGGCUGAGUCCUCACAACAACCAGUGGGAACACAUUGCAUACCCCUAUGAAGUUCCUGUAUAUAUCGACUCSGAUUCACAGUCGAGCAGUUCCCAGUAUCAGGAUUACCAAGAUUCACCAUCACCGUCGUCUGACAGAGAAGACAGRAAAGACAGAAACUUGCCUCUUGUCCCACUGUCAGGAAAGAGGAAAGAACGCCUGUUCCAAUUCCUGUUCGAGAUGCUUCAAACACCAUCGAUGAGAAGCUGCAUCUGGUGGGUUCAGUCCUCGUCUGGAACUUUUCAGUUCUCCUCUCAGAACAAGGAGAGCCUGGCCCAGCUGUGGGGCAAAAGGAAGGGGAACCGCAAGACCAUGACCUAUCAAAAGAUGGCCCGGGCCCUGAGGAACUACUCRCGCACCGGCGAGAUUCACAAGGUGAAAAGGAAACUCACCUACCGCUUUGACGAGAAGACGCUGAGAGGUCUACAAGGAGAGACUAAUUCUUUGUAGGGUGAAAAUGGGCAUCCACAUAGAAACAGAAUGAGCACAAAGAUUUUAAAAAAUCACCUAAUGUCCUUCCUGCUGAUUCUGACUCUGAGGAACUAUUUAAUGAGAAAUAAAUACUAAGUAUUUGAAAUGCCAAAGCUGUCUGCGGAACCUUAGUGGACACAGGACAAAGUAGGAAAUGAUGAAGUUUAUAAAUGUGAAUUUUUGUAACAGACUGUGUGUCAGAGAUCAACUGGCAUUCACCAAGUAAAUCUGAAAGAUUAUCACGUCUACUUUAUAAGUAGAAUUUAACUCCUUCUCAGAGUUAAUGUGUUUUUACUUUUUUAUGUGUGACUCUGUUGCAGAUGAUCAGCAGAUGAAAUAUAUGAUAUGAUCAUUUUAAAUAAAACUUAGGCUGUGUAAACAUU